GACCCUGAUUACCUCAGCUUUCUCCUGCAGUUCCAAAUCAAUGAUCUCUUCACCUAUGGAUACACCACAAAACCCAUCUCUUUCCAGCUCCUCAAACAGGACACUGUCAGUGUCAGAAUGUCCAGCUGUCUCCCUCUGUUCUCAGAUACCUGUAUGGUCACUUCCUCAAAUCUCAACCAUACCUCAACUCCAGAACCUCCCAAUAACCAACAUUGAUGUGAAUGAGCGAAGCAGCUCACACAGCUCCACUGUUUGUGUGCUGCCAGUUGCUGCGGUCCCAGAACAAUCAAACAAUGAGGCCUUGCCUGAUUUCCAAACCUUGUUUGCUUCUUGUGUUGCAAAUUCCAAAGCUCAAGAAACUCUGCAUUCAGUAACUAAGAUAAGUCCUGUCAACCCAUCAUCUGGUAGCUGUGUAUCACCAACUGCUGGCAAUGUAUUUUCACUAACUAUGGAAACACAGAGAAGGCCUAGUGAGCCAAUCAAAGACCAAGUCCUAACGUCACCAAAAGCUCUUCAGAGUCAGGCUUUACACGAGAAGGAGCCAGUGCUUUUGACAGCCUGUUCAGGAGCGAUGGAGCCAGCAGUGAGCGUUGGAAUGGUUCGAUUACCACAGUUACCUGCAGGUCAAUCCCAGAGUUCUCCUCCUGCUUACAGUUGUCAACUGCAGAUCAGUGGACUAAAGCACAUGAUGACAACAAGCUUAGAGACUGCACAGCCCAGUGUUCUCUUUCUGCCUGCAGGACUCUCCUCUGUAGUCCUUCACUGGCCACUUGUAGUGCCCACUGUUCCCACUCUCCCCAGUGUCCCCACGGUCCCCACUGUUCCCACUCUCCCCAGUGACUCCACAGGUAUCACCAUCCCCAGUGUCCCCACAGUUUCCACACUCCCCAAUGACUCCACAGUUCUCACUGUCCCAAGUGUCUCCACUGACCAUGCAGCUCCCAGUAUCCCCACUGUUUCCACUGUUCUCACUGUCCCCAAUGGCCAUGCAGCUCCCAGUGUUGCCACUGUCCCCAGUGACACUGGAGUUCCCACUGUCCCCAGUGACCCCACAGUUCCCGCUGUCCCCUGUGACCCCGCAGUUCCCAAUGUCCUCAGUGACCGCACAGUUCCCACUGUCCCCAGUGACUCCACUGUUCCUACUGUCCCCACUGUCCCCAGUGACUCCACUGUUCUUACUGUCCCCACAGCUUUCACUGUCCCCAGUGUCCCCACGGUUCCAAGUGUCUCUAGUGACCCUGCCAGUUGCCCUGCAGCUCCCGCUGUCCCCACAGUGAAAAUUAGUUUGCAGGAGCCAUGUGUGUCUUUAAUUGCCUGUGCUGUUGAUGAAGGUCCAGACUGCAUGUUUAGAGAGAUGCUUGCUGCAGAGAAUACUUGGAGUGCAAACUGCACCAAUCUUAGUCUGAUGAAGCUGGGAAACACUAGCCUAGACAGCACUGAGCCUCCUGUCAAAUUUUCUGUUGCAGAACGGAAACAUUCAGAAUCUUUGGAGAUUGAUAAGCAGAACUUGCUUCAGCAAAUGGGCCUCCUGCCUGCUUCCUGCAGUCAGCCCAGUCCCCUGACUCCACCUCGCAGUGGCUCAUCCAUCUCUGAGGGAAGGGCCUGCUUUUGGCACAGCAGGUCCCACUGCAUUGAUGGGAAGGGGGGUGAGGGAAUUUUUAGAGCGCAGGACCUUCCCAAUUCUGCACUUCCAAACAGACAGAGAAGGGUCAAAUCUCUGGAAGUUGCAAGGAGCCAACAGCAAGUAGAGAAUGAUGAGAGUAGCAGCGAUGAAGACAGACUCAUCAUUGAGACUGAAUAGACAUGAGAGAUAUGAGAGGCCUAAGCUGCUCAGGAUUUGAGUGGACAUUGGUGCUUGAUGUUAACAGGCUCAGCAGAGAGACUGUGGCUUGUAACUGAAGGAAUAUUUCACCAUACUGAUGGUAAUGGUCUCUAACACUGUUGUACAACUGGACAUUGCAUGUAAUCAUUUUAUGUAGCCACUUGGUGAGACUUUCCUGUGUUUGUGGAAUGAAGGGAAUUAAAGUGGAAGAUGACAGUGUUUUCACACUUGUU